AUGGGAAGCACGGAAGACCCUAUGGACACUUCUUUAGCAACCCAGUAUGAUAGUCUAUCACCUUCGAUUACUCCCACCCUCAAUUUUCUACGAACUCAGCAUGAUAGCCUGUCACCUCCGUUGACUCCCGUCCCCAAUCAUGCUGAUAUUUCUCUACCAACUCAGCAUGAUACUCCAUCUCCCCUGGGUCCUAAGUCAGGCGAUACCUCGCUAGACGAACUGAAACAGCUCGAACGCUGUAUAGAUCUAUUCGUACGACAGAGCUCUGAGAACAACCAGCGGGGUCAACAGAUCCUCAACCAAAUUGACCAGCUCUUGCAUCAUCGAACCUCUGCCACUGCCGACUGUUUAGUGGAAGACGCUGCUGAUCUCGGUGCCAUCCUACUUUCGCUGGCCAACAUCGAACAAUUACUUUUCCCGCACAAAUUUAUCUCGUCUAUGAUGAAGGAGAGCAGAGAAAAGCCGCCGCUUCUAUUCGUUCUAGAAAAGAUUUACCAGCUUCGCAAAGAACUACAAUUACCAGAUCAAUACCUAUCCCCAGGAAUCAAGCAUCUCGAACGGUACAUCGACGAAUUAUACGCGGAGUAUCGCAAAAAUCGCCUAAUAAUCCCGUUCAUCACUUCCCUACCUACAAAGGAAGACUCGUUCCUUGCUAUACUAGCACGCUUGAAAAUCAGAAGGCCCGACAUCGGACCUAUAAACGAUCGCGGAGUCAAGAGGACAGAGUUUGCUAUCAUCCUCGGUUGCUUUCUUGGUAGUAUGGGGUGCUAUGUGCCUGCAAAUUAUGCUCAUACUCACUCGCUGAUGCUUCGAAUUGGAACAGCAGCAGCAAAUGGGGGUUUGGAAGGCUAUCUUCGUUCCCGGGAAUAUCUCCAAGAACAGCGAGGGGUUUGUCAUCUCAUCUGA